CGCUGAAAUACACAACAAUGCACAUUUCCUGUCGAUUGUAAUUUUAUGGAAUGUCUAAAGAAAGCGUAGCUUGUGAUUCUGCAAUGUAGCUUUUGCAAUAUUGGCGAUCUGUCACUUUGCUAGACGUUUGAAUGGAAAUAUAAGGUUGGCAAAAAGUUGUGGGACCAAAGGUUGUUUUUCUGUGUAUGGACGGAAAGCCAAUGCGCAGGGGUACAAGUGCACGCCCAGACAAUACCGGAAUGGACAUCACCGCACGCUGCACACUAGGUGACCCCAACAAGCUCCCGGAGGGUGUGCCCCAGCCGGCACGCAUGCCCUAUGUGUCGGACAAGCACCCUCGCCAGACGUUAGAGGUCAUCAAUCUGCUACGCAAGCACAGGGAACUGUGUGAUGUCGUGUUGGUGGUUGGCGCCAAAAAGAUAUAUGCCCACCGGGUGAUCCUGUCGGCCUGCAGCCCUUACUUCAGGGCCAUGUUCACAGGCGAGCUGGCUGAGAGUCGGCAGACUGAGGUUGUGAUCCGGGACAUUGACGAGCGGGCCAUGGAGCUUCUCAUUGACUUUGCCUACACUUCGCAGGUUACUGUAGAGGAGGGCAACGUGCAGACGCUGCUGCCCGCCGCUUGUCUGUUGCAACUGGCCGAGAUUCAGGAGGCUUGCUGCGAGUUUCUCAAGCGUCAGUUGGACCCCUCCAAUUGCCUGGGUAUCCGUGCAUUUGCUGACACCCACUCCUGCCGCGAGCUGCUGAGGAUAGCUGACAAGUUUACACAGCACAACUUUCAAGAGGUGAUGGAGAGUGAGGAGUUCAUGCUGCUUCCAGCCAACCAGCUGAUAGACAUUAUCUCCAGCGAUGAACUGAAUGUGCGAAGUGAAGAGCAGGUUUUCAACGCAGUCAUGGCCUGGGUCAAGUACAGCAUUCAGGAGCGCCGGCCACAGCUGCCACAGGUCCUCCAGCAUGUUCGUCUUCCUCUUCUGAGCCCCAAAUUUCUGGUGGGAACGGUGGGAUCAGACCCUCUCAUCAAAAGUGAUGAGGAGUGCAGAGACCUGGUUGAUGAGGCAAAGAACUACCUCCUCUUGCCCCAAGAGCGACCUCUAAUGCAAGGGCCAAGAACACGGCCCCGGAAGCCCAUCCGGUGUGGAGAAGUGCUGUUUGCAGUUGGAGGGUGGUGCAGCGGGGAUGCCAUUUCCAGUGUGGAGCGAUAUGACCCACAGACCAACGAGUGGCGCAUGGUGGCUUCCAUGAGUAAGAGGCGCUGUGGAGUGGGGGUCAGUGUCCUUGAUGAUCUUCUCUAUGCUGUCGGCGGCCAUGACGGGUCCUCAUAUCUCAACAGUGUGGAAAGGUAUGACCCCAAGACCAAUCAGUGGAGUAGUGAUGUGGCUCCCACCAGCACGUGCAGGACCAGUGUGGGUGUGGCUGUCCUGGGAGGGUAUCUGUACGCAGUAGGGGGCCAAGAUGGAGUAUCUUGUCUCAACAUUGUUGAAAGAUAUGACCCCAAGGAGAACAAAUGGACACGCGUGGCCUCGAUGAGCACCAGGCGGCUGGGUGUAGCUGUGGCUGUACUGGGGGGCUUCCUCUAUGCAGUGGGAGGCUCUGAUGGCACGUCCCCUCUCAAUACAGUGGAGAGGUACAAUCCGCAAGAGAACCGCUGGCACACCGUCUCUCCCAUGGGCACCAGGAGGAAACACCUAGGCUGUGCAGUGUACCAGGACAUGAUCUACUCUGUAGGCGGUCGUGACGACACCACCGAGCUGAGCAGUGCCGAGCGCUACAACCCCAGGACCAACCAGUGGUCACCUGUUGUAGCCAUGACUUCAAGACGUAGUGGGGUUGGACUAGCGGUGGUAAAUGGUCAGUUAAUGGCUGUGGGCGGCUUUGAUGGGACAACAUAUCUUAAAACAAUAGAGGUCUAUGAUCCUGACGCUAACACAUGGAGACUCUACGGUGGAAUGAACUACAGGCGACUUGGAGGAGGGGUUGGUGUUAUCAAAAUGACUCACUGUGAAUCCCACAUAUGGUAACGCCACCAGUUUAAAGGACUCACCGUCGCUUGUGCCUCUGAAAGAAACAUUGUUUAUCGUGCAAGGAAGGAAGACUAUAUUAACUUUAACUCAUCCACAGCCGUGUAAUUGGCAAGCCAAGGAAAUGUCUUGAGUGACUACAAGAUGUGUCAAGUCUGGAAGGCUUCUCAUCUAGUAGUCUAUGGUUCAUCUCUCUAUUCUGUACUUCCUGUAUUAUGACUUGACACACCAAGCCAGCCAAGGCCAAGAGGAACCAACUGAAUAGGCCUGCAUCAAUCACAUGAGGAACUAUUAUUUAUGACAUCACUGUGGCAAACACUUAAUUUCCCCUUUUUCUGUUACUGAAAUGGAAUGAUGCAGCUGCACUUUAGGAUACAGUUCAGACUUUUGCUGUGUGACCUGUUAUACUAUACCAACAUUGAGUUUACAUUUAAAUAUUAAAUGGGGCAUGACGAAGAAUCGUCAAAGAGAACUGAUGUUUAACUGAAAAUGUAGGAUGUGGUCGCAUUGCUUCUCCUGAUCUUCAUUGUGAAUAGUUUAACUUGUUAGGCAGUUGUUUGAAUCUCCUCUAAAUUGAAUGCACUGUGAUUAUAAUUAUUUUAGAAUA